AGAGGCUCCAGCCAUCCAUUUACUCCAAUAAUAACCCCGUCACGGCGAAACGUGACGCCUUGAAGUACAAUCUAACUGGAAAACCGGGGACCCUCUCCGCGAACGGGUUUUUCUCCCUAAUUUAAUGCUUUCUUUUAAUGACAUCCUUAACAUUUCUCAACAAAAACACAUGAAAGUAACACUGAUAAUUCAACAAUAAAAUCGCUUCAUUUUCCAAAGUGAUUCACGAUCUGAAAGUGCGCAGAUUUAACGUACAUAAUCCUUGGUUGGGUUUAUUAUUUUUAUUUCACACUUAAAACACAUUUAUAGUUUUAUUCACCACUCCUGUUAGUUUUGGAUGCGCUCGGCUCCAACCAAUCAGACGCAACCGGUGUAAGGAAAGGAUGAUGGGAGAACGGAGAGACCCGUUUAUAAGAAUAAGAAAAGGAGGCGGAAUUGAUUGAUUCUAAUGCAGGUAUGUAAAAAUACAUAUAUUUCGAGUAACAGCUUGAUGUGUGUUUCAAAGGGGGUUUUUUUUCCACAAAAGCUUCAAACAAACAGGGGUGACUGAUCUCGGAAACGAUUUAAUGCAUUUAAAAAUGGCUACAGCUACCGUCAGCAUGCUUGCUAGGUACAGUACGGUAACGACUACACGUGGCUAGUGCAGCAUUAGCCAUUUAAACCAACGAUGAUCAUUAAAUCUAUUAUAAACAUUUAAGGACUUGUGUGUUGCAAAAGAGCCUCACAUGGUGUGUAAAGCAGUUUUUGCGCUAAUAGUUCUGCUAGCUAUUUACAAACCUAUGAUGCUAACGUUAAUUGCUAACGUUAACCGGAGCGCUAAGCUUCAAGCUGCUGACGAACUCCGUCAAGACAUGCAGAUCAGCAUCAAUGUCCACGUGAAGAACCUAGUUAUGCUGCCAGUGUCAACCCAACAAAAGGCACUUUCACAAUAUAUAAAAGAAGUGUAUGGAACUGAGGUGCUUCCUCAGGUUGUUGGAGGAUGGAGAAGAGGACGCAGCCGUGACUUGUGAGAUGGCGUCUGAGUCAGCUACUACUCACUAGGAGAUCAGAAACAUGGUGUCCUUGCAAAAGUGGAAAGAGGCCAGGCCUUGUCUUAUAGACAAAAUGUUAUCUACUCUGGAUCCACAGUCACACCGUGUGUGUCAGUGUGGCAAACAAGUAGUUGUGAGGUGUCUGGACUGCCUGCCUCUUCCAUUCCUUUGUGCUGACUGUGAUAUUGCAGUUCACACACGCUUUGUCCUGCACAACCAAGAGGCAGUAACAGGAGGGUUUUUGCAGCCUUCAUCAGAGUUUCACAAGCCAAUAGUUCGGCUGUUGCCUGUGCAAAGGCCAGACCAUGUGUGUGACUGCCAAGCAGGUAACGUUGAGGUUUCACCCGGCGCAGUUGUGGCUCUUGUAACCAUAAAUGGCUGUUAUAACCUUGCACUGCCAGUGGUGAGCUGCACCAGCUGUGACUUAAUGUGGUCCCCCUCAGUUAAGGACAUCCUGGGUAGUGGAUAUUGGCCUGGCACCUUAAAUUUCUGCACCCUGUUUUCAAUGGAUGCCUUUCAGUCUUUCUAUGACAUUAAGAAGGCUGCACCAGGGAUGUCACUUAAGGCAUUUGUCAAAAUGCUAGAUGAAAGAACAGCCCAUUUUUGAAGGACUGGCCGAAUAUCAGCUGAUGCCUUCAGUAAAAGCUUUGUGGAGUGGAGUGCUGUUUGAGAUGGACAGGAUGUGCAAGGAGCCAUGCAUUAGCUGCCCUGCCUGCACUCCAGACGUGCUUGCCGUCUCAGUUGAUGGAAACUGGAAGCUUUAUCGCAUUCAAUCAAAUACAAGCACUUCAGAGCAGGCGAACUUUGAAGGUGUCUUCAUUGAAAAAGAUGAGGAAGUUGCUGAGUUUAUGAAAUACAUCCAGAGACACACAAAUGAUGUGGCUCAGCUGAGGAACCUCUUGUCAAUGCGUCCAUUUCUCUCCGUCAUGCAUGCAAAGGCUCUCAUUUGGAAAUGCGAGAUCAAAUGGGGAGGUGCGUUUCAGGAUGGGGCCGGUUCUACAGUUGGAAAAGAGGGCGAACAGACAUGCUGACCCUCCUGGCUUUGGGGUGGACCAAAAGGAAAGUGGAACAACUGGUUUGAGCCAGAGAUAUCUAAAGAUCAUAAGGAUCCUUAGAGAACAAAUGGAGAGCCUGAAUAUGACCAGAAAUGAGCUGGGUGUGGAUGACGACACACUGCAGCAAUGGGUGGCCGAUGUGCAGAAAUGGGCUGAAGAAACUGAUCAAACUGAUGGCAGCCUUGGAGCGUUGCAGGCACGACUAGAGGAGCUUGUCGUCAUCAUCAGAGUGCGAACACAAAGUCUUUACAGACAAAAUGAUAGCAACAAGAGGCGACACAGAAUUCGCAAGGUCAUCUUAGAUGAGAAGAAACGCUUGGCGGCUGCUGUUGACGACUACAACAAGCUUGCUGAACCAACAAAGCAAAUCGUAUCCAGUGAUGCCCUCAUCCAGACCGACAUUUGGCUCUGGCAGAGCACAAGUGAACCUGCUGCUGAACUCCAGACAAAGAGAGAGGUCUUUGAGAAGGUGAUGGCUGUGAGGCGCCUGAGAGAGGACGAGAUGAUCCUUUGCAGGGAGAUGCGGCAUCACUGGACAGUGUUGCAAAUGCGAUCUGUGGUGUUGGGGACAAUCUCCUCAGACUCCUCCUUUGUUGGCAUGUCGGAGGAUGCACAGAAGGGACUCCGUAGCCUGGUUUAAAAAAACAAAGUGAACUGAAAGCUGAAAUGCUCAAAAUAAAGGACACGUACAAGAGAAUCCUCAGCCACCAACCACUCCUGGAAAUGGACUCGGAGGAGGAGGAGGACAUUCCAGACGAUGCCACUGAGAGUGAUUUGAGCACUUCUGAUGAAGACUGAUUGUGUCAUCAUUGAUGUUAUUUUUGGUAAAAUAAAAAGUUAAUCACA